AUGCUCAUACUCUCCAGCCUCCUCGUGUACCUCCUCAUAUCCGACUCCGCCACGGCAAAGACUCCGCGAACGCCGGCCGAGCGACGGGGCGCCACAAGCCUGAAAGACAAGUACCGGCGCGAGGCAUGUCCCGACUACAAAGACUACGCGGCACGGCGGCACCCGCCAUUCACGACCGGCCAGUACCAAGUCCCGUACCAGCGUCCGGCGCCGGAAUGCCGACUCUUCAAGUCGGACGCCGUUGAGAAGAAGAUCCAGGAGAUAACGAGCAAGAUGGUGGACGUGGACCUCGCACGGAUGUUUGAGAACUGCUUCCCGAACACGCUGGACACGACCGUGCGGUGGCAUCUGGACUCCGAUGAUCCGCAGCAGGUCCAGAGCUUCAUCGUCACCGGCGAUAUCAAUGCGCAGUGGCUCCGCGACAGCACGAAUCAGCUCACGCAGUACCAGUCGCUGGCGAAGGAUGAUCCCGCGUUGAAGACGCUGCUCCUGGGCGCGAUCAAUACCCAGGCUGACUAUGUGCUCGAGUCGCCGUAUUGCAAUGCGUUCCAGCCGCCGCUCGCGAGUGGCCUCGAGCCGACGUCGAACGGACAGAGCGAUGUCGUGCACCCCGUGUACGAGCCCGGCGUCGUUUUCGAGUGCAAAUACGAGAUCGACUCGCUGGCGUCGUUCCUGUCGCUCGGCAAUCAGUACUACGCAGCAACGAAGGACUCCUCGUUCAUCACUCCGAAGUUCUUGCAGGCGGUGCAAACGGUGCUGGACGUGGUCGAGGAGCAGAGUGUGGGCACCUUCGGUCCCGGCGGCGAACCAAACGACAUGACAUACACCUUCCAGAGGCAGACCAACGCGGGCACGGAAACGCUCAACCUCAACGGCAUCGGGAAUCCGCUAGCAUCCAACACGUCCCUGGUGCGCUCCGCCUUCCGGCCCAGCGACGACGCCUGCAUCCUGCAAUUCUUCAUUCCCGGGAACGCCUUCAUGUCGGUCGAGCUCGGGCGCACGGCGGAGCUUCUUAGCGCGACCGGGAAGAGCCCCGUGCUCGCCGCCACGCUCAAGGCGAAAAGCGCUGCGAUCCGCGCCGCGGUCAUGAAAUACGGCGUGACCACACACCCCGUCUUUGGAAACGUCUUUGCCUACGAGGUUGACGGCUACGGCAGCCACAUCAUGAUGGACGACGCCAACCUGCCGUCGCUGCUGGCGCUGCCGCUCGUCGGCUUCGUCGACAGGGCCGACGAUACCUACCAGAACACGAGGAGGAUGGUGCUCUCUAGAUACGGAAACCCCUACUUCCUUGUGGGCCAGGAGUUUGCGGGGAUCGGUGGUCCGCACAUCGGCAUUGAGAAUGCGUGGCCGCUGUCACUGCUGGUGCAGGCUAUGACGUCGGAUGAUGAUGAUGAGAUUGUCACUGCGGUUGAGGCAGUGCUGAAGGCGAACGCGAGAGAGGGGCUUAUCCACGAGAGUGUUAAUGUCGCGAGGGUCACGGAUUAUACCCGGCCGUGGUUCGCGUGGGCGAACAGCGUGUUUGCGCAGACUAUCCUGGAUAUCGCCGAGAGGAAGCCGAAGCUGAUUUUUGGCGAGGGGGCGAGGUUGAGGGGGAGGGUGGUGGAGAUGUGCUGCUCGGCUCAGUGCUCAGUGCUCACCCAUGAUCGCCGGCCGCUGGCGCGUGCAUGCAGGGAUCAGAUCAGAUCAUUCUCGGCAAUGGGCAUCCGAGCCGAUAUCGCGAUAGGCGUGCGUGCUACCACCGCCAUAGAAAUGUCCCGCUUCAUCCCCACCCCCUGGACCCUCGGCUGCAUCUACGGCGCCUCUGCGGUCGCGCUCGGCGCCUUCGGCGCGCACGGCCUCAAGGCCCGCGUCACGGACCCAAAGUCAAUCAAGAACUGGGAGACCGCCGCGCACUACCAAUUGCUGCACUCCCUCGCCCUCCUCCUCUCAUCGCACAACCCGCUGGCGGCGGGGUUCUUCACGGCGGGGAUGACGAUGUUCUCGGGGAGUAUCUAUGCCAUGGUCCUGGCGGGGCCGGAGAGGGUUAAGGAGCACGGGUGGGGGAAGGUCCUGGGACCGGUUACACCGCUGGGCGGGUUUGAUCGUGGGGUCGUGGAGGUGGUUCAUUGUUCGUCGUGA